GCGCGUGUUCCUGGGAGGCGGAAACGGCUGCGGGGACCGUCUCCUUGCGGAGGGGCCUGAUCCUCGCCGCCAUGUCCGGGGGCUUUGAGCUGCAGCCGCGGGACGGCGGCCCCCGGGUGGCCCUGGCGCCCGGGGAGACGGUGAUCGGCCGCGGGCCGCUGCUGGGAAUAACAGACAAGAGAGUGUCCAGAAGACACGCGAUUCUUGAGGUGGUGGGUGGUCAGCUUCGAAUCAAACCGAUACACACAAGUCCAUGUUUUUAUCAGUCUUCUGAGAAAAGCCAGCUCUUACCAUUGAAGACAAAUCUAUGGCACUGGUUGAACCCUGGAGAUAGUUUUUCUUUGUUUGUUGACAAAUACAUUUUCCGUGUUUUCUCUACGUAUUCUGAAACAGAAUUGGAAUGUACUUUAAGAAAUAGUCAAAUGCUUGAUGAAGAUGAUAUAUUGAAUGAAACACGAGAAUCAUCCUUGGUUAAUUUGCCUGAUGAGACAACUGGUGCCCCACAGCUGGAAGGAAGCACAGAAAUAGCGACAACCCAGACUUCUACCACCAAUAGUGUGUCUUUCGCAGGUGAAUGUUCAGACAUCAGUAAGCAGCAGUCCAACCCUGCCCAGAGGAAGAGAAUCCUUCCAGCGUGGAUGUUAACAGAUCUGGGUGAUCAAAACCUCCCAGCUCCAGUUACCAGUGGAAAUAAUGUAAACCGGAAAAGUGGAAGAGAAGGAGUCUGCAAAAAUAAAACCCAAGAAAACAUAACACAGCAAGGAAGAAAGAGAUUGAUUUCACCAGGAAGCUCAGAAAGUACAUCAGCAGAGCAAGACACAGGAAAAAAGUGCAGAAAUGCUAAUCAGGAAGAGUCUAUCAUUUCAUCCAAGGAAAUGCCACAAUCAGUUUCUGCAAUCAUAUUAAGUAACACAGAUGUGGGUAAUAAGAAGACUAAUGCACUGAGAAAUGAAAUCCCAACAGAGGAACUUGGUAAGGUUUCUGAAGAUGAAAUCAUCACUAAAGGAACACGAAAUAAAGAAGAGACAGUGAGCUGUUCUGAGAGUUGUUCGAGUGCCCAAGGCAAAUCUUCCCAUGGGGAGUCUCAAGGAUCUUGUCCUGGGCCUAGCUCUGAUCCCUCCAACCCUGCAACUCUGCAUGCAAAAGCAGCUGAUCCAGUUCUACAAGGUUCUGAAGAAAACAAGGUCAAGAGAACAUCCUGCAUGUAUGGGGCAAACUGCUACAGGAAGAAUCCUGUUCAUUUCCAACAUUUCAGUCAUCCUGGUGAUAGUGAUUAUGGAGGUGCACAAGUCAUGUGUCAAGAUCUAGCUGAUGACCGGCCUGAAUGCCCUUAUGGAGAAUCUUGUUAUAGGAAGAAUCCUCAGCACAAGGUAGAAUAUAGACAUAGUACACUUUCAAUCCGAAACACUGUGGAUGACGAUGAGGGGCAACCCAAUGAGUACGACCUGAAUGACAGCUUUCUAGAUGAUGAAGAAGAAGAGUAUGAGCCCACGGAUGAAGAUUCUGACUGGGAACCUGGCAAGGAGGAUGAAGAGAAGGAAGAUAUGGAAGAGCUUUUGAAAGAAGCAAAAAAAUUUAUGAAAAGAAAAAAGUAACUUGGUUAUGCAAUAAUACAUGGCUCACAUUUACUAUUUCUUUAUGGAAAAAUAUUCAGAAACUAAGGAGGCACUUAAGCAAUAAUUGGUUUCCUUUCUAUAGUUAUGACUUUACUAUUGACUCUUUACAAAUGAAACAUUGAAAUGUUAACCUUCAGUGUAGUCUAUGGAAUUUUUUUGUUGUUGCUUUGCUUUUUCUAUCCUAUUUAAAGCAUCUAGAAGUGGAAAGUAGACAAAGUUAAAGACAAAUAGUUGAUAUUUUUCAUGUGCUUUGUCUGCUGGUUAUAAAAAGCAAAAAAAACACAGGUUUUGGUCUUUUUUUCUAUUUUCCAAAAGAUUCUGUCUUUGUAGAAUACUAUGCAAGUAUAACCCGGCAAAUUACAUCAUGGGUGGAAAAGCAUGCCUCUUUUCAUUGCUAUUGAAGUAAUUCUUCAAGCAGAACCAGGCUUUAAAAAAUGACAGCCAUCAUAUAAUAGCUAGCAUUUUUCUAGUAUCCUAGAUGCAAGCUUCGCAUUUCAUCGACUGUUUUAUUCUUUGAAACUUGGGGACAUUAGUACCACAUGGAUACUGAAAAUAGAUUCCAUAAUACUAUAGAAUGUUCACCAUGCAGGGAAUGUUACUUAGUGCUCCACAUCUGUAAUUUACUGUGUGUCUGAGUUCAAACAUAGAACAACUUAAAGAAUUUGAGUUUCUUUUUCAAAUGGAAAUCCUGCCUGAUUAUUUUAACUUUCAUUGUGCUGUCUUUACAUUAAGAAUAUAGAAAUGAUUUUUGACCAUAAUUUUUUCAAAGGACCUUAGUUCUUUCAUCCUUAGAUGAAGGUGGCAAGCUAUCUGGCCUUUUAUUUGUUCUCCAGUGUCAUGAGCUAUGUCUCUGUAUCUCUGUUCCCAAACUUCUUUAAGCCCAGUAAUAAUCUCAUCUCGAGUGACUUAGAAUUUUUGAAAUAUAGUUUAGAAUCUUUAAUAAUAGUUGAGUAUAUGUAUUGGAAAUAAUAAAUCACUAAACCAAGUGUCCUUGUUAAACACUAAUAUUUUCUAUUCUAUAGGAACUACAAAUGUACAUAUUAAAAGAGCAACACAGA